CGCUUGGUUUAAUUAGAACUAGAUUGACGUCUGUUUGUAUUUAUUCGUGCUCACGUCUCCCUGGAAUUACAAAUGAUCAAAUUGGAGGCUCCCGAAGUCCACAUGUCGCUGUCCAUGCCCCCUCGGGCGCCUGAUCCCGCUGCCCUUGCAGCGUACUGGGCUGAGUAUGAAGACCUGUGUCGGCAGAUCAGUACAGCUUACCAGAACGAUGACGAAGAUAAUCAUUACGAAGAAGGCGAAUUAGAAACAGAAUGGCUUCAAUCCGCUGGUCUCGGCUCAUUGGCAGCUCCGUUCCAGGCCGGCCUCGAGGUGACCGAGGCCCAGCUGGGUGAGGCCGUGCGACCUCUGCCUCGGGAACAAGCGGCUGCUGUACGGAGACGAGUGAGGAGGCUCAACAGGACCGUCAGGAGACGGAGAGCUGCCUCGCGCGCUAAGAAACCCGACAUUCGAGAUGUUUUUAGAGAUUUGGAGAACUCGAGCGGCAGUGAGCCACGGUCGCGCAGUGCGACCCCUGACUCGUUGGACUCUCUGCCGAGCGGAGGCUCUGGCAGCCCGCCCGCGGAAUGGGCAGACAACGCCACGCCACCUGACUUUGUUGACAACUUCCCGCCAGUGGGCACGCACGCGCCGGUCGCCCGCACGCCGUCCGCGCCGGCGACGCGCCGCACGCGCCUGUCGCCGCCCGCGCCCGCGCCCCACUCCCCCCACUCGCCCCACUCGCCCCACUCGCCCCCGCGCCCCAUGCACGAGCUCUUCAAGCCCAAUGAACUACACUGGGCUGAUAUCGCCUCCAACACUGAGGGUAUUGAACUAUUGGGCUAUCAAAGAUACGGUACAGUCCAGGGGCCGAGGAUAGGCAAGGAGCGCAUUAAUGGGUCCAUUUUGAAGGACAACGAACUUUUUAUGUAAGUGAAACACGCCCCGGUCUCAAGGACAAAGAGUGCCGCCGCCGCGCAACAACCGUUGAGUUUUGAGCACAAGUUCAAUCUUGACCGACAGUUGUUAGAUCAAGAAGAGGAGUGGCCCGAACCAGGCAGCACAGUUGACAUCGAGACUCUCAACGAGGCUCAGUUAAAGAAGUUACAACCUCUGUUGUGGCUCGAAUUAACAGCCCUAUUCGAUAGAUAUUCAUUGCCCUUCCACAAAAGGAAAACACCCAAAAAGAAGCGGAAAGAAGAAGGCGCAGUAUUCGGCGUCGCUCUAGAAACUCUGCUUCGAAAAGACAUGAUCAUCUGGGAAGAGACAUGGAGUUCGGUUCCGUCCAUUCUGCGAGAACUUUCUUCAGCUCUACAAGCAAGAAUCAAGGACGAGGGAUUGCUACGGGUCCCUGGCAAUAAACAUAAGGUGGAGGCGCUGUGCCAGCUGAUAGAGCGGCAGUGGUACACGGACCGCGGCGGCGUGCAGGCGGCGCUGCGGCGCGCCGGCGGCCACGACCUCGCCGCCGUCUUCAAGCGCUGGCUGCGAGCGCUGCCGCAGCCGCCGCUCUCGCAGGAGCUCGUGAGGCUGUUCUACCACGCGUAUGCUCUGUCAGGUACGACGCAAGGCCGUGCGUUAAACCUACUGGUGAUGCUGCUACCGUGUGAGCAACGCGCCGCUCUGCGGGAGGUGCUGCAACUGGUGCGCGACAUCGCCGCCAGCAGCGAAACCAACAAGAUGAGCGAGCACAACGUCGCCAUGAUCAUCGCGCCAACGCUCUUCCCCCCCAGUUUUCUGAUAAAGGCGACCGAUAGUCUAGAAACACAGCUGGCCACGGCUGCGAACAGUUGUCACGUGACAGAGGCCCUAAUGCGCUGGUGCGACCAGUUAUGGAUGGUACCCGCGUCCCUCCUCACAGCUUCGCAAAGGAAGCCCCCUCCACACCGGAGGAUCCAACACACUUGAACCGUCAAAUAGAAGCCGGGGACGAGCUUCGAAUGAAUGCGAAGACGGUUGCGCAGGCACGGCCUCGGGGCGGUGGCCGUUGACUUGCUAUCAAAUAACUUUUGACAGACUGAGGUCAUUGCUGCAACUUGGAUGAAAUUAAAUAUAAAAUUAAGAGAUUGGUUCUUCCGCCCUCUAAUCUAGUAUCCGUGCCUGCGAGUGACCUCGACGAGUUAAAUACCGGGUUCCGACCCUUCCAACGUUGUAUCCAAUCAGGACUCAGACCGGGGACCGUCGGCACUAACGUUGGUGCUCCAUAUUAUAAGAUAGAGUCAAGCGCUGUGUUACUAUAUUCCUGAACAAUUAGUGUUAUGGUUAUAUUGUUGUAAUAGAUGCAUAUACUCUGUGUUAAUUUAUGGUUAACGCAUUUAGUGUGGUAUACGACAUGUGAAUGAGAUGCCAAAUAUCAUAUCUUUUUUUUUCAUCAGUGUUAUUUAGUACUAUUGAUAAUUUUAUUCCAGUUUUUUUUGAGGCUGUAUUUUAUUUUAUGGUAUAAAGUGGUGUGUGGUGCCAUUUGGCCCGUCGGAUAUGUUACCACUUGAGAAAAUUAUGGUUGUUGAGAUGGUGCCUUAUAUAGCAUGAUAUUUUACUUAAUUACUCACAAUGUUUAUUCUUAAUAUAUGAAAUGUAAAUAGUGUAGUGUAAAAAAUAUACCAAUUGACUAGGCAAGCAAAGACUGACUUGUAUUAUCUAUGUAUAUGUUACUUGUAAGUGUAUUUACUUCACAAAUAAAAAUGUAUUACUCAAA